AUGGAGCCUGCAGCAGAACACCAAGGCAUCAAGGCACCAAGGCAGAAGCGCACGUUUCGUCUUUUGAUCUGCCGCGCACGACCGCCUGCCGCGGGCUGGCGGCACGGGCAAGACCCAAUCGACGGCGGCAUCACCUCGUCUCGUCUCCACCGGUGCGAAUCAGUCCACGAUUGUCCCCGGAGCGAAUUCGCCGAUUUCCGGCAGAGGGACCUUCGCAAAGCACCUCUACGCAGAUUGGGGUUUUUAUAUCGGGAGACGAUCCUGAUGGACCUAGGGUAUCGGAACUUGCUGGCACCGAAUGGGCCACCUCUGUUUCCCAGCGACUUUCGGUCCCCUCCAAUGCCGCGGCCAACCCCGGGCGAGCUUCUGCGCAGUCCAGACUCAGGCGAGAUGGAGAAGACCCCGCCGGUCACGGGCAAGCGCCGAGGUGGCAGCCGGAAGGCCUGCAAUGAAUGCAAGCAGCAGAAGCUGCGCUGUGAUAUCGUGCAGACCCCAGCCGCGGCUUGCUCGCGAUGCCAGCGGCUGGGUAUCGACUGUAAAGUCGAGCAGUCAUUUAAGCGCAUCUCUAAACGACGCCGCAACGCGGAGAUGGAAAAGGAGAUCGCUGAUCUCCGACGCCGUUUGGCGACCAAUCCAGAUCACGAAGUACCUGUAGAUCCCCAUGCUGGUGAUGACGUCUCCCAGUGCUCAGAGGAGGCCUUUGGCCGCCGUGAGUCUGCAUCGGUCGAACAAACUAGGCCUGUCUCCGUGCCCGCGGACCCACACACGUCGAUUGCAACCCCGUUGACGAUGAAGAGAGACGGGUCCAUCCUAUCGCAGGAUGAAAAUACUCCGUGGCGACUGGAAGAUAUCGCUCUCUCCCGUGCGCGGGUUGCCCGACUCUAUGAACAAUACUUUAAUUAUUACCACCCAUUUUUGCCACUUCUGAACCCUCCAAAGCCACCCGAGGUAUAUCUCAAUCGUUGCCCUCUGUUGGCAUGGACUAUUCUUUGCGUGGCUAGCCGAAGAUCCCCAACCGAACCAGGUCUCUUGAGUGCGUUAUCAGGUCCUUUUAGUCGACUCCUCUGGUCGACCAUCACCAGCGUACCGCAAGAUUACCGUGUGGUCAAGGCACUAUGCGUCCUCUGCACGUGGCCCCUUCCGACCACGAGUCAACGGACCGAUGCGACAUUUAUGCUCAGUGGACUCAUGAUGCAGAUUGCCAUGCAGCUAGGCUUGCAUCGCCCAGUACAAGCUGAGGAGUUCACGACAUUCAGAAUGGAAGUACAGGGCGAAGCUCUAAAGGACCGGCUCCAUACAUGGGUGAUUUGCAACAUCGUUGCCCAAAAUGUUGCCACUGGUUAUGGCCAGCCCCCUUGCACAAUUUAUGAUUGGGCUCUCGAGCCCGCAUCUCUCAAGGAUGCCGAUUAUCGUCUACCCGAUGAUCUUACUAUUCGACUUCGCAUCGAGAAGUACUGUGAUCGGGUCACUAAAGCUCUUUAUAGCAGCAAGCCUGAGCCGGGGGAAUUCAUGAGCGCGGAGAAGCUUGUCAUUGUGCAGAUCCUCGAGAGCGAACUAAGAGAGAUGGAAGUUGAUUUUGGCCGCGACAUAUCUGCCAUAAACAUGAUUCAUCUGCGCGCCGCGGAGCUCCAUUUCCGAUACUUUGUGUUUCUAGGCUCUAGUCCUCGCAGUGACGAUCUAACCAAACUCUUUAUUGCAACGACUUCAUUUCUCGGCAGAGUGCUGGAUUUAGAAACUUCACCGGGCGAGUUGAUCGGUCAUUCUACCAAUUAUAUUUUGCAAAUGAUUGUGUCAGCCGCAUUUGCACUCAUGAAGCUUCUCAAAAGCAGCUUCAGUCGGCACAUUGAUUUCAACCAUGGUAAGCUUUUGUUCAAUGGAGCAAUUUCUGCAAUCCGCAGGAUCAGUGUCAUGGAUCACGACCGUCCUAUUCGCCUUGCGGAUAUCCUGGCUCAGAUGUGGAAUGCAACUGGACCGGAAUCCGCAGACGAAAAUGGACUUCAGCUUAAGGUUCGUUGCCGAAUGAGCAUGAGCCAUGUCUACGAUACCGUGUGGCGCUGGCGCCAGCGGUUCCGCCCCAUGAAAAGUUUCGAAGAAAUGCAAGCGGCGGCUGCAUUCGCCAAUCAGGAUAUAACCUCUGCGGCGGGCCCCUUGACACGACAGCAAGAUCAGGCCCUCGAGGAUCCAUCUCUGAUGCUUCCAACUCAGUUCGAUGAGAGCGGUGCAUUCUUUAGCGAAGCUGGAUUUUCUGAGGUCUUUGAUAGUCUCAAUUGGGUGUUUGAGGGUAUCCCGGACUCUUUUGUCGCACCACCUAUACUGUAG